AUGAUGACGCGAAGGACCACUUUUGUGCUCGUGGUGCUGGUCAUUGGCCUGGUGCUGGGCGUGCAUGGAAUCAAAUUCGACAUCAGCCCUAACACGGAGCGUUGCCUCAAGGAAGAGCUCAGCAGGGAUGUGCUCGUACUGGGUAACUACUCAGUCGAACAGCAGCAGCCCUCACUGCGCCUCCACUUCACC